GAGAGUUAUACGCUUCGUAACUGAAUUUUUCUUCGUUUCAUGGUGAAAAAAAAAAAACAAGAAUACUCUGUGUACAGUAAACAUACUUAUGCUCAACAUCUACGCUUACGUUAAAUUUUGAGGUUAUGGCGGCAGCGAGAACGUACUUUUAAGCAAGAAGAAAUGUAGACUCUCCACAUCGUGAUAUUAAAUAUGUGAAUUUGUAUUUUCCUUAAAUAUAAAUUGCACAUUCAUACCGGCAAAAUACUUUUGCAAGCAAAAGUAAACCAAGCAAUUAAGUUUCAAAAUUCGCGCCAUUACAAAACACAGGAUCAGCGCCACUCAGCGGCGAUUAAAUGUCCACGUUUCGACCGUUCCGAUUUGCCAGAUUCAGUUAAACCUUCGAAGCAUCGGUAUAUCGUCCAUCGAGACCGCGAUUUAAACCGCGUGAAAAUUUUCUCCAAACAACGUCCCAUCGAAAUAUUCACGGUCGGAGAUAACAGUCACUCAACGACUAACCAGUAGUGACGUCACGCGUCGCGAUAGGUGUCGAGUGGUUCGGCGCGGCGGCCAUCUUUGAUUUAAUCGCCGUGAUUGCCGUGAACCGGAGUCGAUCAGGGAGCAGAGCAGUGUCGUCGUCCAGCUGAGCUGUCAACCGCGCGCGACGAGACGAGUGUCGUUCGUUCGUUGGGGAAGUGAGUUCGGGUGGUGGUGAGGUGGUGACAGGGACAACGGCCAGAUAAAGAGAGAGAGAGAAGUUUAACACCGAGUGUCAUCGGUCGGCCCCAGUGCUAAAAGUUGUUAACCAACAAGGGGAUUGACAACAAUCAUCAGAGCGGCGUUUAAGGGCCCCUCGAAUCGCGGACGAGAGUGAGUCUCCGGGUGCGGUGCGCUGAAAAAAGAGGAUUGGGAUGGCCGGGCAGACCAUCAACGACAGGCUGCUUGCAGCUAGGCACAGCAUCGCCGGUCAGGGACUCGCAAAGUCCGUCUGCAAGGCCACCACCGAGGAGCUGAUCGGACCGAAAAAGAAGCACCUUGACUAUUUAAUACACUGUACGAACGAGCCAAAUGUCUCGAUACCACAACUGGCCACCCUGCUCAUCGAGCGGUCGCAGAACACAAAUUGGACCGUCGUAUUCAAGGCCCUCAUCACUGUACAUCACAUGAUGUGCUAUGGAAACGAGAGGUUCACCCAGUACCUGGCGUCGAGUAACAGCACCUUUCAGCUCAGCAGUUUCCUGGACAAGAGCGGGGUGCAAGCUGGAGCACGUGUGGGAUACGAUAUGUCUCCAUUCAUCAGGCGGUAUGCUAAAUACUUGAACGAGAAGGCGCUUUCGUACAGAACUGUUGCGUUCGAUUUUUGCAAAGUCAAACGAGGCAAGGAGGAUGGUACUCUUCGAACGAUGAACCCGGAGAAAUUGCUCAAAACUUUACCCGUUCUUCAGGCGCAACUAGAUUCGUUACUGGAAUUCGACUGCUCGGCCAAUGAUCUUACAAACGGUGUUAUAAACAUGGCCUUUAUGCUUCUCUUCAGAGAUCUCAUACGUUUAUUCGCCUGUUAUAACGACGGAAUUAUUAAUCUAUUAGAAAAAUACUUCGAUAUGAACAAGAAACAAUGCCGGGAUGCGUUAGACCUUUAUAGAAAAUUCUUAACAAGAAUGAACAGCGUUGGAGAAUUCCUGAAAGUUGCAGAGAAUGUUGGUAUCGAUAAGGGAGACAUUCCAGAUCUCACAAAGGCUCCCAGCAGUCUGCUCGAUGCUCUCGAACAGCAUCUUGCCUCCUUAGAAGGAAAGAAAGGAUCUGCGGCUAAUACGCCAACGCAAACAGCUAGCCAUAGAACGAAUGUAAAGUCGGGAGUGUCCGCCCUGUCUUCCACCAGCAUGGCGUUUGGAACAGCAGCCAGCAACGCACGACUCGAUCAGACCGGUAAUGGGCACAUUGACGAGGCGUUGAGACAACAGGCUCUAGCCGAGGAAGAAGCAGCUAUGAAUCAGUACAAGGCCAAAGUACAGUCACCGUCGGGUGGUCCAAGCACUAAUCCAUUUCUCAGCUCUCCGACGAACAAUGCUGGACAGCCAAUCGUCGAUUUAUUCAGCUCGGCACCGGUGACGGAUAAUCAGGCACAAAAAGCAUCGGACGACCUUCUGCAACUUGCAGGAAACCCGUUUGCGGAUAUGUUUGGUAAUGCGCAAGCGCAGCCACAACCGGUGCAACCUGCGCCCGGUCAAAACAAUAUGUGGAUGACAAACGGUAAUGGUUUCGGAGCUGCUCCACCACCAGCAAAUAAUGCCUUUGUUACAGAUAACAAUUUCUCGUCUGUAUUUGGAAAUAAUCAAGAACAAUCAACUGCUGCCGCAGGACUUACCGGUUCUGUACCCAACCCAUUCAUGUCCGAUUUCCCAACAUCCGGUCCUCAGCCAACGAAUGCAGCCAAUAUCGGCUUGUUCGAUAGCAACACAGACCUGACAUCCUCAGAAAGUCAACCAUCCGCCGGUGGCGGGGACCUAUUCAGUGCUGGCGGUCAGGCAGAUUUCUUUGGGGGCGACGGUACAGUGGUCGGUACCUCAGAUGCGGGUAACGGGGACGCAGUUCUUGGGUCGUUACCAGGUGCGGCGUCCUCCGGAGCCCUUGGCUCUGUAAAGUCCACUGCAACGCCGCCGCCCAGACCACCGCCUCCCGCAAGUGCUUCUAACGGUACACCAAGAGCGAUGUCUCCUGCCAUUGGAAGCGCCUCGACUGGCAGAGCCGCGGCCUCGGCGCCUAGCAAAAGCGCUUUCGACGAUCUAAAUGACAGUAUUCGUAUGGCCCUGGGUGGGUCACCGUCACGCCCGCCACCCCUCGCCCAGCAAGCUGUUCCCCCUGCUCCACAACAAUCCCAACAACAACAACAACAACAACAACCAAGUUUGGUUGGCUUCGACAAGUUCGAUAUGGGGGGUAUGGGGGGUAUCGGGGUCGUUGGACAGCCCGUAAUGGGUGUAGCCGUCGCUCCGGGUUACGGUAUUCCUUCCCAAACCCAAAUUCCCGUCGGGUACGGUUCACCGGCAAAGCAGCCUAUGUCAGGUUUUGACGGUUUGGGCUCGGUGCUGAAGCCAUCCACCACUGUGUCUGGAGCUAAUAACGUUUCAGCAGCGGGUCAACCGGCGACAACUGGAAGCGGGGGAAAGGUCCUGACUGGUGACUUGGACAGCAGUCUUGCCAGCCUCGCGCAGAACCUUUCUAUCAACAAGAGUGCUCAGCAACAAGUCAAGGGAAUGCAAUGGAAUUCUCCAAAAAACGCUGCUAAGACUGGAGGACAAACGGGUUGGACGCCUCAGCCGAUGGCAGCGACAACGGGUGCCGGUUACAGACCAAUGUUAGUGACGAUUGGCAUAUUUAGUGCAGUGAUGCAUGCGUGGCAUAUGGCAUGUUGCCGGCUGUUACAGGGCCAAGGAAUGACACAACUUCCUCCAACAGCCAGUAUGGGCUUCCCAACCCAGCCUGCUAUGCCUCUGGGUAUGCAAUCUAUGCCGAUGGGUAUGCAGGGCAUGCGGCCAAUGAUGGGUGCAAUGCCUGGUGCUCCCGUUGCAACUGGUGGCAUGAUGGUUGCGGGGGGAACCGCGCCCACAAUAAUGGGUGCCCCGAGUCCCAUGAUGAGUGCUCCCCUGCAGCAGCAACACUCUCAUAGCACUGCUCAGUCGCAAGCAAACGCUGUACAACUUGAUCCUUUCGGUGCUCUGUGAGGGGAUUAGGAAUUCAAUUGGAAUUAAGAAGAUGAAGAUUAAGACGAUGAUAGAGAUGAAGAUAAUUUAUGGAGCUCCAACUUUGUACAUACUGUGUAAUAUGCCUUCUACAUGUUCAGCUUCCAUUCCUCGAAACCCCUCCCUUAUCACAAGUUGAUACUAAUCCAACUAUCGAAAAACCUCACUUCGUCCGCACCCAUCCGCAUCCCUCGCCCCUUUGUGAAUACAACAGGUAUUUAUAUAAAUAUUUUCUUAUUUUUAUUAGUCGCGAUAGCGAUCGUAUUUCCAGAAUGUUACAUUCUUUAUUUUCUUUGCAAACGGUAAAUCUGAUUUUAAACGUUUGCCAAAUUGUUGUGUAUAAAAUUCGUAUAAGUUGGCCUGCAGUGCUUAUACAGAUAUGAAUUCAUUUCACUUGUUGAAAGUUAUACAAAUGAUGAAUUACAACAGUUUUAAAUUCACGUUUCUAAUUGUAAAAUUCAUUGAUUUUUUUUUUUUUUUUUUUGUUUUCUGUUUCUUAUCGUUAUUAUAUGUCGUUUUAAAAAUAUUAUCCAAUGUGAAUAAAGUGUCGGAUGAAAUUCUUUUCCGUCAAACGGUCUAAGUAGAAUUAUUUUUUUGUUUUUUUUUUUACUGUGCUGAGUGUAACGAUCGUUGUAGCGAAUCAAUUCGACUACAUCGCAAUUCCUGAUCCGUACUAUAAUUCACACUUGUAUGUAUUGUGCCAGUUUCUUUGAAAUGAACAAUUAUCGUGGCGUAUACACGUAGAAUGAGAUAGAAUGUUUAGAACGAACUGUACAUUUUCAGUCCCCACUAAAUAUCUGGUAUGCAGAAUAUUGUUGUAUAUUAUUUUUUAUUUUUUUUUUCAAUUUAUUACCGUAAGUUAGAUAUUUUAUUAUUAUUACUAUUAUUAUUAUUAUUGUUGUUAUUAUUAUUAUUAUUAUUAUUAUUAUAUCUCUAGUUACAUUUUCUGGCCAAGGACAUUGAAGCAGUAACGAAAUAGUCUUCGUUUUGAAAGAUAAAAUAAAAAAGUAUUAAUUAAAUAAAUAUUAUUAAUUAUCAAAAUAAAUCUAUACAUAUAUAUGUAUAUACAUAUACACACACGCAUAUAUGUGUAUAACAAUAACGAUAAUGAUGAAUAUGUAAGAUUGUAUUGUAUGAUUCUACACGAUAGGAAGAAGGAAAAAGAUAAGAGAGACGAAGAAACUGAUGUAGACGGUUCCCCCAAUUAAAUGUUCUGCGUCACUGUAAUGUUCCGAUAUGUCUUAACUAGUUAGUAAAUUAAUAAUUAUUGUUUAAAACAAAAGAAUAUAUUAUUAUUAUUAUUAUUUUUAUUAUUAAUAAUGCUAUUGCUAGGUCUAUGAUACUCACAUAAUAUUAUAACGAUACCACAUUGACGAAUCUAUGGAUUCGAUUAUAGUUAAUUAUAAUAACGAUUUAAGAGGUCUACCAUACAGUUGUACAGCUUGGAGUACGCAUAUAUAUAUAUAUAUAUAUAUAUAUAUAUACACGCUAAACAAUUUAUUGUGGCUGUGGCUAAAAAGAGAAUCACGUCGAAUAUCUAAUUACAGAAUGAUCUUGCUUGAUCUCCGUGAUGUGGAAAGGAAAACAAAAAAAAAAAAUAAUAAAUAAUAAUAAUAAUAAUCGUUUGGGUAUUAGCUUCCGAUUACAUACAUAAAUCGCGUGUGGUUUUUUUUUUUUCAUGGAUGGUCGAUAAUCGCGCGCUAUGAGUAAGUAAGUAAAGUAUGCGAGUAAGUAAGUCGAAAAAAUACGAAGAAACAAACAAAAGUGUUGUAAAAUUUAUCGCGCGUAUGACAUUUAAAGUGUGUAAUUGAAUUAUGUCUGUAUACAUUAUACACAAACGAAUAGUUACAUACAUGUGCAUGAUACAAAUUUGUGAAAUUUUACCAAAUAAAAUAUCAAACUACUUUGAGUAAUGGAAAUGUUACCAAGGCAUAAAUAUUCCAGUUCACGAUUGGCCACAUUCUAAUAAUCGUCCGGUGUUAAAACGGUUCUUCUUGUUAGUUUAGCUUAUUUCUAUUUCUUUUUUUUUUCUAACUUUAAACUACAUUCGAUAACGAAACGUUUGAAGAAACAAUUUUUAGCUGGUAUUGCGAAAAUUAGUAGUACAGUAUUUAGAAAAUUGUAGUUUAUAGAAGAACAGAACAAGUAAGAUAAACCCUCGCAUGAUUUGUACAAUUGUAUUUACUGAGACCGUAUCCAGUUUAACGAGUUAAUUAAUGCACCCAAAUUCUGUCCAACGGUUAAAUCUGGUGCAUAAAUAUUCUCCAAGAGAAAGCAAAAAAAAAUAAAUAAAUAAAUAAUAAAACUUGUACAAUAAAUCAUAUACACUAUAUACAAGGUAUAAUUUCAGCGAACGUUUUUUCUCUGCAAUUAUUGCAUAACUAUUUGUUUACGAAAUAUCAAUUUAUCGCGAUCUCGAGUCGAAUAGCUACGUUAGUUUUACAGUUAUUAUAACCAACCGCGUUCAUCGCUAUUUUUCACCAUUUUUUAUCUCAACAUUUUACUCCUUUUACAAUUAUAAUUUUUCUUUCAUAAUUUUCUUUUUAAAUUGAAAUUUAAAACACAGGAUAUAAUUUUAUCGGCGUAUGAUCGUAUAAGUGAAAUUGAAAAAAAAAUUGUUACAUUUAAAAAAAUAUAUUCGCGACUCGAUGGAAUUGUAACAGUUAUGUAAAUAUGUAAGUUAAAUUUGAAAACGAAGUAGUCGAUUAUAUUUAAUUGAUUCCUUGGCACGUCAGUUCCACGAUUGGUUGCAGAAUUCAGAAAUUUCUAUUCGCGAUUCGUUUUUAUUCCUUUACGUUAGUUUUUGUCUAGCUUCAAUCGUCGAGACGAAAAAAAAAUUAUGAUUGUAAAAAUCAAGUCAAUUCAGGACUGGAAGUAUGCGAUUAAAAGUGUAUCGUAGCGUUGUUGGCGAAUGGUGCAUUUGCGUAUAAAUAAUAUAAUAUAUACAUUAUACAUAGAUACAUACACACAGAAACGUUAUAGUUAUGUUAAAAUUAAACGUGUAUUAUAAAUCAUAGAUUAGAAUAUAUAGAUGACAAAGAGCGACGUAUAUCUCCUUAAUCAUUCGCAUGUACACACAAUUGAUAAAUUAAUGAUACGUAUAUCAAUUAUUGUUUUUCAUAGCGUUGCAUUUUCAUUGCCUGGCAACUGUAGUGAAAUUAGAAAUUUUUAUUAACAGCAAUUCAUGGGUAAAUACGUAAAACUCUUUUUCAAAAACGCUAGAAUUUAGAGAUUUUUAUUGUUUUCCAAAAUUGCUGAUUCGAAUUUUUAUCGUCGAAUCGUAACAUUGCAUAUUAAAAAUAUGAUACGUGCAUAAUAACAGAUGCAUAAUUUAAUCAAAGACGUCACUUAAGCCACACAAAUCUCACUCGGCAUAACGAGAAUAAUUUCUCUUCUAUAUUCUCUCACCGAUUUCUCAUCGACGAAUUUUCUUACCUACAAAUUUUUUCCAAUUAAUCAUCAAUGAACAAUUAUCGAAAUUUCGUAUGGCUUUUGUUUACCUGGCGAGUUCGACUGCCCGUACGAAUAGAAAUUAAUCUUCAUAAUCUGCAGGUUAUUUAAGGAUAAACAGGACAAUAUUACGUGUGUAGCCCGUACCUUACGAAGAUUACGAAUACUUAUUAUGAUCCGAAUUUUCUUUAGGCUAGCGAAAAGGUGAAC